AUGAGGCACUGGCUUGUCGGGUGCUCACUAGCUGGUUUGAUUGCGUUAGCAAAGACAGCUGUGAGUCCAAAGUCUAUCCAAGCUCCGCUGUCAGGCAAUGACGACACAGAGUCAUUCAAGACGUUCAGGACCCCGGGCUUUCCUUCUCAUUCCCUCAGGAUCAAGGAGCAAACCGACGAAGUCUGUGACGCAGGCUCUAAGCAGUACACCGGAUGGCUCGAUUUCCAUGGGAAGCACGUGUUUUUCUGGUACUUCGACAGUCUGAAUGAUCCGAGAACAGACCCGCUCACAUUAUGGUUGACAGGAGGACCUGGAGUGAGCAGCUUGGUUGGUCUGAUGCUAGAGGUUGGCCCCUGUCGAAUAAACAAGGGUGGUGAAAAUACACGAAGGAACCCUCACUCUUGGACACGAAAUUCAUCGAUGAUAUUUGUCGAUCAGCCCGUAGGGACGGGUCUUUCAUAUGUGGAUUCACAGACAGAGGUUCCUACCAGCUCGAAGAUCGCAGCUGAAGAUAUGUACAUUUUCCUCGAGAUCCUGAUGACGGAGGUUUUCCCCGAACGUCGACAGAAUCCAUUCCACAUAGCAGGAGAAAGCUUUGCUGGACAUUAUAUUCCAACCUUGUCACGAGAAAUCCUCCGGCAGAACCAAGUUGCUGAAGCAGUGAAGAUUCCACUUCAAUCAAUAUUGAUUGGGAAUGGUUAUGUUUCCCCAAUGGACACGUUGUAUGGGUAUUACGAGACACUAUGCACAACCAAACCGGGCGUUGAUGCUCCCGUCUUGAACCGAACUCGAUGCGGAAUCAUAUCAGAGAAUCUCCCUCGGUGCCUCAACAUAUAUGAGGUCUGUUAUCAGCAUCCAGAAAAGGUAGUCUGCGAGGCUACGGAUGUAGUAUGCGGAGUCAUCAAAGAAUUGUAUCACAACGAGUCAUACGCGGGUGGGCGAGAUCCAUUCGAUAUCACUCGUACCUGCGAGGUCGACCACCUUUGCUACUCAGAGACUCUUGAGAUCCAGGAAUACAUCAACGCACCGAGCACCUGGGCAGCGCUCGAGGUUCCUGAUAGUAUUGCAAAGUUUACCAUCGAGUCGAAGGAGGUUGCUUCCGCCUUUGAGACAGCGAACGACUUGUAUAGCAAUGUCAUGACUGACAUCAAGUACACCCUCGACCAUGGGGUGGAUGUCCUGAUAUACAAUGGGAAUUUGGACCUCGCAUGUAACACUGCGGGUAAUCUGAGAUGGGCACAUGCUUUCCGUUGGAGUGGGCAAGCACCGUUUACAUCGAAAGAUAUGAGGUCUUGGUACGCAACAGUGGGUGGUAUCAAAGUCAAGGCUGGCAGCUUUAAACAAGUCUCGGCACCUAUAUCCCACGGAGAUUCCAGGGAGGUCCAAUUUGCGUUUGUCACUGUAGACAGAUCUGGGCAUAUGAUCAACCUGAAGCUGCCCUUGAGCUUUAUCAAAGAUGGUUAUUCCAGCGGUCGCUCUGAGUACUUUGUACCCUGGGGCCUAGAACUGAACGCUUGGUAUCGAUAG